UUUAGAAGGCGACAAGGACAGUCUUAUAACAUUUUGUAACCCUGUACUGACUUUCCGAGCCACUACUUUAAAAGCGUUGCAAUCGAUUUUAAUCGUUGCAAAACUAAUUGACGCUAUCGAAAUAUAUAGAAUUUUGCGCAAUUUCGCGUGUCAGUACCGUUUUCGGUCGAUUACGGAAAACAAGUGGCGUUUUUUGUGCUGGGGAUACGCGAUGGCCGACGAGGAAAAUGGACGCCUAAUGGAGAACAACUUAAAACCGCAGUUCGACCUCGAAGAACCAGACGAUGAGCUGCUACGUUGGGCCGAAAGGAACAUCGGGGAAAAUCCGGAUACCAAGCCGGAACUGAUCGAGCAGCUUCGGGACAUGAUUUUCCAACGAGGUGAAUGCGUGCCCCACAGGACGGACGACGCGUUCCUGCUGAAAUUCCUGCGGGCGCGACACUUCCACGUCCGACACGCUCACAGACUGAUCGUAAACUAUUACAAACUUAAGGAAUCGACCCCCGAGUUUUUCGACAUCGACUACGAAAAGCUAGUCGAGUUGGGUCGCACUGACGUAUUCAACACCCCACCCAACACCGACCAAGACGGAAGACGUCUGAUGGUAAUCCGGAUAGGCAACUGGGAUACUUCCAAAUACACCCCGGUCGACUUGUUCCAAGCUGUGAUAUUAAUUUUAGAAAUAGCCCUCACGGAACCCAAAGUACAACUGUUGGGGGGAGUAUGCAUAUUCGAUCUCAGCGGGCUUAGCAUAGGACAGGCAUGGUACAUGAGUCCGACAGUGGCCAGGCAGAUGACCCAAGUGGGAUUUAGUGCGAUGCCGUUUCGCGCGCACGCGAUUCACGUUGUCAACCACUCGUGGGUGUUCGAUAUGGCGUUCAGCAUUCUGCAGCCGUUCCUCGCUGAGGUAAUGAAAGAGAGGAUAUAUUUUCACGACGAUUUAGACAGCCUACACCGGCAUAUCGAGCCCAAGCAUUUACCGAAAAGAUACGGUGGAGUUUACGAGGAUCACAAAUAUAUCACGUGGAUGGACAGCCUCAAAAACAAUGACCAUGUUAUCGACGAGCUGACGUCGUUGGGUUACCUGGGCUGUCGCGAAGUCAUUCAAAAAUUGAAAGUCUAGACGAUGUAGUUUAAGUGCCUUGUUUGACAAUUUUAUAACAAUAAUAGUAAUAAUAAACCGGCCCUAUUUGGCGUAUUUUCUAAAAAAUGCUGUUAU